AUGCAGAAAUAUUCCAAUCAUGAACGUCCUAGCAACGCUUCUUCUGAGAGAUUAACAUCGCCGAUUGACAGACCGCCAUCGCCGACAUAUUCAGAGUCAGUCGAGGCACCUUUACUGGCCGAGGAAGCAGAGAAGAAACACAAUGAAGAAGCAGACGAUGCCUUACCAGCGGCGAGUGAGGAGAAAAAGUCAAGUUUCAGUGGUGCCGAAUACAAGAUUGCUUUUUCCCAUUUUCUUCGGAUUUAUUCGUAUUCCACAUGGAGCGAUCGGUUAUUGCUAUUCGUUGCUGUGCUUUCAUCAAUAUGCGCCGGCGUCACGUUACCGUUGAUGAAUGUGGUAUUUGGGAAACUUGUGGGAACGUUUAGUGCCUUUUACGAUCCAGACUCAGGCGAAACUGCUGACCUAUUCAUCGAUACCAUCGACGAAAAUGUUUUAUACAUUGUAUAUUUGUUCAUUGGGAGACUUUUGCUGGGUUAUGUCUCCACUCUCGGCUUCCGGAUGUCAAGCCUUCGUGUUUCCGCAGCUGUUCGUCUAGCGUACUUAGAUGCGCUUUUCAAACAGCCAAUAUCCGUUUUGGAUUGUCUUCCUGCUGGACAAACAGCAGCCAUAAUAACCAUUACCGCUAACACACUCCAGAACGGAAUUUCUGAGAAGCUAUCAAUGCUUCUCCAAAGCAUUUCUUUAGUGAUCACUGCCCUGGUAGUCUCGUUUCAUUAUAGCUGGAGCCUGACUUUAGUUACCAGCUGUGGGCUUCUGUUCAUUGUGAUGUUCUAUUACUUUACGAUUCCGCGCCUUGUCAACAUGAUGAAGGAUGUAGAGCACGCGGACAGGAUGUCCUCCUCUGUAGCCAGCGAGGUGUUCACCUCCAUUAGAAUGGUGGCAGCUUGUGAGGCAGAAGGAAAGAUGGCAAGGAAAUACUCUUCUUGGGUAGAAGAAUCUCGUAGACGGGGACUUCUCAUGUCACCCCUUGUCGCAAUUCAGCAAUCACCAGUUUUCUUUGCAAUUCAUGCAACUUUUGCGUUGUCUUUUUGGGUUGCCAUUAAGAUGUAUGAAACUUACCAAAUAUCUAAUGUCACAACUAUAAUUAUUGUUUUAAUGUCUAUAAUGACCAUUGUAAUGUCCAUCGGAAGUAUCGCAGGUCCUAUCACUGCUGCUGGCCAGGCUGCUGGAGCAGCUAGUAUUUUCUUUUCUAUCAUCGACGCUCCUCAACCUCAAACAGAAGGAAAGAGGGCGCCUGAUGUGUCGGCGCAGGGUGAUAUCGUUCUGCAGAAUGUCAACUUUGCAUAUCCGUUGAGGGCUGAUGUCAAGGUACUCAAUGACUUAACACUGACUUUUCCAGCUGGAAAAUUGACGGCAAUUGUGGGGCCAUCUGGCUCAGGAAAGAGCACAAUUGUUGGACUGAUAGAAAGAUGGUACGAGAUGGAUGGCAAUAUGACAGACAACAUGCUUACACUGUUCUUUCGUAAUGGAAGUAUCACGGUUGGUGGCCAGACCCUGCACGAAAUAGACCUUAAGUGGUGGAGAUCACAGAUCGGACUCGUGCAACAAGAACCAUUUCUUUUCAAUGACACGAUAUUCAACAAUAUCGCGUACGGAUUAAUAGGAACCAAGUGGGAACAGUCAUCGAUAGGGAAAAAGCGAAAGCUUGUCAAACGUGCCUGUGAGGAAGCGUUUGCGGACGAGUUCAUUCGAAAACUCCCAGAGGGCUGGCAUACUCUAGUUGGAGAAGCAGGUUUAAAACUGAGUGGAGGCCAGCGUCAGAGAAUAGCUAUUGCUCGUAGCAUUGUCAAGCGACCCGCGAUUCUGAUUCUUGAUGAGGCGACCAGUGCGAUUGAUGUGCGCAGCGAGAAAAUAGUACAAGCAGCUCUGGAUAGGGUUUCGAAGGGCCGAACUACAGUUACCAUCGCUCAUCGUCUUUCUACGAUCAUUAAGGCGGAUAAUAUCGUUGUUUUAAAGAAGGGGCGAGUGGUUCAGCAAGGAACGCAUGCGGAGUUACUAGCAGAUGAGAAAGGGCAGUACGCAGCACUUGUAAAUGCUCAAAGAUUGAACAGCCACGAAGAUUUCCAAGAAGUUGCCGGGAAAUGUCUCCCGACGGAGGAAAUUGUGCCGUCAACAGCAGAGAAAUUUGAUAGAAAUACCAUCCCUCCAGUUCUCUUCGAAGAGCCUACACCAAAGCAAGAGCGAUUACUUGGCAGCUUUUGGCUUUUCCUCUGGGAGCAAAAGCUACAAUGGAGUUGGUAUAGCGUGAUGCUACUUGGUUGUCUAGGUGCUGGUGCUUCGUUUCCCCUACAUGCAUUCCUGUUUGCGAAGCUCAUAUCUCUUUUCAACUUCUGGGGAGAAUACCUGCAGAGUCAAACGAACUUUUGGUGCCUUAUGUUCACAUUCCUAGCUCUUGGCGUAGGUGUGAGCUAUUUCGCGCUGGGUUGGUCUUCAAACGCAGUCUCAUUUAAUAUCACAGCAAAUUAUCGUCGAGAGUACUUCCAGAAUGUCCUUCAAAAACCGAUAUCCUACUAUGAUGAAGAAGAAAAUUCAAGUGGUGCAUUAACGGCUAGAAUGGCCACGGAUCCCACACAACUUCAGCAACUCCUUGGUAUAAAUAUGGCUAUAGUCAUCAUUUCAUUCUUCAAUGUCGCUGGCAGCAUAGCUAUCUCUUUCUAUUUUGGAUGGAAGCUCACGCUGUUGACCAUCUUCACAUCUAUGCCCAUUAUAUUUGCGGCAGGGUUCUUCCGAAUCCGCUACGAGACCCAGUUCGAGAAAAUGAACAACGAGGUGUUUGCCCAGAGCGCAAAGUUUGCUACUGAAUCCAUUGGGGCAUUCCGAACUGUCUCCUCACUUACUCUCGAGUCUGAGAUCGUCGGUCGUUACGAGAAAUUGUUGCAUGAUCACACAACUGAAGCUUUCCAAAAGGCCAAAUUCUCGACUUUUGUCUUUGCUAUGAGCGAUAGUAUUUCUUUGUUAUGUAUGGCUUUCGUACUAUGGUACGGCGGACAGCUUCUUGCUGACCAUGAAUAUACUCCUUUCAAUUACUUGGUCGUAUAUUUAGCAGUCGUGCAAGGAAGUACAAGCGCAGGCCAAUCGCUAAGCUUUGGUCCAAAUGUCGCACAAGCUUUCGCUGCUGCGAAUCGUAUCCGUGGUAUGAGACCUCGCCACAAACCAGAGAAGCGAACGACGUUAUUCGAUAUCGAGGAAGCAGAGAGUAACGAAAAAGAUCCACAAGGCGUGAAAAUUGAGUUUAAGAAUGUUGUUUUCAAAUAUCCUACUCGAGAUAUCCCAGUGUUGAAUGGACUGAAUAUGACAAUCGAGAAGGGACAAUUCGCUGCAAUUGUCGGUCCAUCUGGUAGUGGUAAGACCAGUAUAAUAUCACUGAUAGAAAGAUUCUACCAAAUACAAGCCGGCGAGAUAUUUUACCACGGUAAAAAGAUAGAGGAUAUCUCAUUGCCCGACUAUAGAAAAUCGAUAUCGCUCGUGGCUCAGGAAGCCUCCUUGUUUGAGGGUACGAUUUCCGAAAACAUUUUAUUAGGUGUUGACGAGGACGAAAUAUCUCACUCACGGCUGGUUGAGAUAUGUCGUGAUGCCGAGAUUCAAGACUUCAUAUCUUCUUUACCAGAAGGCUAUAAUACUAUGGUCGGGGCCAGAGGUGUUGCAUUGUCUGGGGGGCAGAAACAACGCAUAGCGAUUGCUAGGGCUUUGAUUCGAAAUCCAAGGGUUUUAUUACUGGACGAAGCAACUUCUAAUCUUGAUUCUGAAACUGAGAGAAGCGUACAAGCCGUUUUUGAGAAAACAGGCAAGGGAAGGACGAUGGUUGUGGUUGCACAUAGACUUGCCACGGUGCAAAACGCUAAUGUUAUAUUCGUUAUUGGGGAUGGUCGUGUGGUUGAGCAGGGGAAUCAUUUCGAAUUGUUGAGGCAGAGGGGGUUGUAUUACCAAAUGUGUCAAUCCCAAGCGCUUGAUAGGUAA